AUGUUAAGAAUCUAUCCAGGUGUUCUCGUGCAGUGCGAUCCGUCUAUCAAGUCCAUCAUCGUCAAGAUAGACAACGAAGAGCAUGCCUUCAUCGUCGAAGAGCUGGAUGACCAGACUCUGGUGAUCAAAGAGAAUAUGAUGACAACACUAAAGAUGAAGCUGGACGAGGUUGAUGCCUUUGCUGCAUGAUACGGGCCUGGAGCUGACGAUGGAAUGCAGGUACUUAAGGAGACGCAAAACAAUGAUGAGAGCUCUUCUGAUGAGUGAAAGAGGUGAGAGCCUGCAUGGGCUAUUUGG